GUAAUUUUAGCAGUGAUUUUUUUGCUUCUUUCUUUUUGUGGCUAUCCAUGUUGUAGUCACUUGUUAAAAGGUUUGAUCUGAGUUUUUUCAGGCUCUCAAAGAUUUGCCCUGUUUGAGGUUUACCUGAGUAGCAGGUUUCUGCCCUACCUCAGCUAUGCUUGUAUUCAAUAUUUCCAUAGUGAUUUUCCAUAUUUCUGAAGUUUGCAGUGAAGAGAAUCUCAAGACAAAAUGUUAAACUAAGUUGUCUGUCACACUGCUAUGUGGAUUUUUGAACUAUUAGCUUUUCAGUCGUUUUAGUUCACAAUACUUAUCGUGCUUUUUUGUUAUGCAUGGGGAUAAUGUUCUUGAAAAGGUGGAAAAUUUAGUUUUAAGUAUUAGAGAUAUCAAAACUUACACUUAAAAUUUUGUAACCUGAACAUAGUUCUUACGGGUUAAUAUUUAUUGACAUUUUAAGAAUAUUUUAGAUGCACUUGAAAUUUGAAGAUUAGCUUAAAACUAAGAUGUUUUCUGCUGUUUAAAUUUCUAGGACUGAAAAAUACCCUUACCCUUUUCUGAUAGGUACUCUGUUAGUCAUUGACAGUAGGUCAUGGCAUGAAACAGCUGCUAAGGUGCUAGCUAUAUACUGAAACAAUUAGUCAAGUUUCAUUGCAGUCAUUGUAACCUUAAGGCAGUUUUUGUAGUCAUGAAGGAUAGAAAUAGUUGGGGUGAAAACUGUAAUUUCCAUCUGACUCAGCAACUUCAAGAACUUCAGUGAAAGAUAAAGACUUAAAAUAUGUGCAUCAUAUUCUAGUGCUGUCCAUACUUGAUCCUGACGCAAGUAGAAUCACUUAUGGUGUAACUUUUUACUUAAUCUCUUUUCCUUCCCUUUCCUCAACUUUUCUCUUGGUAACCUUCUACUUCAUUAUCAAAAACAGCUAUGGAAGAAUGACAUCAGUUCUUCUCUGGUUUGUAAGUAGUAAUACCUGGCAGUAGUCAGGCUUCAGUUUGUUAUUGGUGAUAGGUAAGACACAGUGAAUUCAACUUUGUUUAUCACUGUUGUUUAUUUUUUGCCUGACAAAUCCUGUCUGAUCAAGUGAUAGUUGAGAUGAUAUAUGAAAACCUUCAUGUAGUUCCUAAUUUUUCUGUAAAGUACAUUUUCUGCUAUACAUACGAAUUUUGGUAACAUUUCCUUACAAUGCAAUUGAGUUUUUACACAGACCAGGGUGGAAAACUUGAAGGAAAUAAUGAAAACCCCAAAUUUGACCUGCUGGCACCAUGUCACGUACAGUAAAGUGCCUCUUCUGAUAUAUAGGAGGACUAGUUUGAGAUGAAAAAUAAUGGACAUUUUGGUCCCUUCACACUUCCUGCAACUGCAUGUUUUCCUUGCGUCCUUUUCCAAAACGAUACAACCAUGUAAUUUGUUGCUACAUAAUGUUGUUUUGAUGUUAGCUUUCUAAUACUUCAGUGCUGUUUUACCUGACAGGAGAAAUAACACUUCGGUGACGGAGGAAAAGGGGCACAUUAUGUCUGUGAUUAAUCAGUUCAGUUUUGUAUAUUGAGUUGAUCAUUUGAAAUCACUGACUUCCUAAAAUGUCUUUUGUAAAAAUGAUAUAGUCUACCUUGAGUUUUAGGAGAUGAAUAUGCUUUGUGGGAUAUAACUUCUAGAGUAGUGGGUUUUUAUAGGUAGGUGAAAGCUUUAGUUUAUUUUCACUGUGGAAUUCAAAUAUGAGAUGCAGCUUUAGUAACAAAUGCAAUGCAUGCAUUCAACUGAAUCUGGAAUUAAGUUAUUCUUUGCUCAUUAUUAGCAUUGUUGAAGUAGAAAUAGUAGUACAGUAUGAAGUUUUGUCAUAUCUUGCAGCUGCUGUUUUAUUACUCUGAUCUGAUUGCAGGUGAGAGGUUGAAAGCUGUGAUCUUCAGAGCUCUAGUGCUUUUAGAUUUAUCAACCUGACUAGUGUAUACUAAUGAGCCACUGCCAGUGGAGUCAUCCUUAACAUUGUUAAACACAAUAUGUAGGUACUUUAAAAUCUGUUGUUUGAGAUCCUCAGGUAAUUUGACUGUGGCUUGAGAACAUGAUUUAAACCUCAUUGAUUAGAUAUUGGAGGAUUAAUCUAGUUUCACAUGCAUAUUUUCACAUGUCAGAGCAAGAAACUUGACAGCAAUAGUGACAGAAUUGAGAAUCUGGUUGUAGAAAAAUAUUUUGUUUUGGUAAAAUUCUUGAAUCAUCAGAAACCUCAGACUAAGUUACAUGAUAGGUAUGGGAACAUCAAUGGCAUUAGUUAGAGAUAAACAUAAAAUUUAAGAAAUUAAUUGUUUCCAAUGAGCUAGAACUUCAGUGGUAUACUACCAUUUAGGAUAUGUAAGGAAAUCAUCCCUCUUGUAAUGCAGUUCUGACAAAACCUCUUCAAUUCCUGGUCUGUUGAUUUUUAAUUUUUUUUUUUCCCGCAUGUGAAAAUAUCGAUCAUGAAGUCCAAAAAGUCUCUUAGGGCUGUGUUUUCUUGUAAUACAGAAACUGCAGAGUUACUGCUUUAGAGAAAAUGCUUCCUUUAGUGUAGAGCCAUUCUUGUAUUUGGGUGGGCUUAUGUAUAUGAGAAACAGAAGUGAAUAUAAAUGCAUUUUAAUCAGCAAAGCUAAAUAUUUACAUUUUUUGUUGUUGUUGUCACUCUUACUUGUGUGUUAAUCUCCACAAAAAUAAAAGCUGAGAUUGCUAGGGGAACUAGCCUGAGGGAAAUACAAGAACAUGUCUUAAAUUGUGCAGAUGACACUUUGCUUUGCCAGGUAUUUAUUUUAGAAAUAGUUUUCUAAUUUAUAAGUCAAAUCCUAAUUGACUUAAUUAGUGGAUCUGAAUGCUACUUUUAAUUUGAAAAGCAAUUAAGGUAUUAAUGUAACUGUAAUUAAGAUAAAUGUAACUUUUGACAGAUAUAUUGAACAGAGUCAACCUCAGCUCAUCACGAAGGGGGAUACAGAAUGGUGCACCCAGUAGAGGUACUUUAUUGUCCUAAUAUGGUACAGUUACUGCAUUCAAGUCUGAGAGUCACCACUACACGACACCUGCCUCCAGCCCUGCUGCCAUGACUCUUCCGUCAGUCUUUCCGACUGUACCCAGAACUACAAGUAUCUCUGUAGCAGUUCAGCCAUUAUCCAUACCAGUGAAUGUUCCAGGAACUACACAAACACUGCAGUUACCAGUUGCUGGAUGUUUAUCAACAGAGCAGAUGCCUGGGUCAAGCUCUGGACUAUCACAGCCUGCUGGCAGACCUGCAGCCAUUUCAGUGACAACACAACCAGUAUCAAGAAGUAUCACAGUUCCUGUAGUGGCUCAGCCUGUAUCCAGCACUGUAACAACAGAGCCUGUAAUAAUCCACCAGGAUUAUAUUAUGGAUUCUCCACCAGAUGCGUCAGGUAAUGCAUCUGGAAUACUGUUUGGUGUGAGACAGAACUCAGGAAUUGCACAGUACCAGACUGAGCCAUCAGUGAAUGUAACAGACACAAACACUGUAUCAAACACAAUUAAAAAUGGAGGACCUUUUCCACGAGCUUGUCCAAAGUGCAAUAUUCAUUUCAAUCUUAUGGACCCUUUAAAAAAUCAUAUGAAGUAUUGUUGUCCAGAUAUGGUAGAUCACUUUUUCCUGGAAGUGACCAAAACAGAAUGUUCAAGUACACCAAACCAGGUGGCUGAUUUUGAGAAAGGAAAAUUGAUUAUGUUAGUUAAAGACUUCUAUUAUGGGAAACAUGAAGGUGACACCCAGCAGGUUCAACAGGAGCAGAAGACUCAUACGACGUUUAAGUGCUUCAGUUGUCUGAAAGUUCUUAAAAAUAACAUAAGGUUUAUGAACCACAUGAAACAUCACUUGGAGCUUGAGAAGCAGAGCAGUGAAAGUUGGGAAAGCCACACUACCUGCCAGCACUGUUACCGUCAGUUUCCCACCCCAUUCCAGCUGCAGUGCCACAUCGAAAGCACACACACGCCUUACGAGUCAUCUACAAUUUGUAAAAUCUGUGAAUUAUCCUUUGAAACAGAGCAAGUUCUUCUGCAACAUAUGAAGGACAAUCAUAAGCCAGGUGAAAUGCCGUAUGUUUGCCAGGUAUGCAACUACAGAUCAUCAGUCUUCUCAGAUGUAGAAACACAUUUUAGAACAGUUCAUGAAAACACAAAGCAUUUGUUGUGCCCAUUUUGCCUCAAAGUAAUUAAAAUUGGAGCGCCAUAUAUGCAUCAUUACAUGAAGCAUCAGAAAAAGGGAAUAUACCGUUGCACCAAAUGCAGAUUGCAAUUUUUGACCUGCAAAGAGAAAAUGGAUCACAAGACUCAGCAUCACCGAACAUUUAGGAAACCCAAACAGUUAGAAGGACUGCCCCCUGGAACAAAGGUGACAAUUCGAGCAUCUCUUGGAUCUCUUCAGUCAGGAUCAUCAGCUACAUCUUCUGUUAGUACAAGCAGUUCCACCUUUCAGUUAUCACCCAAAGCUAAAAAUACAACCACUAAAAAUCAUAACAGAUCUAAUACAAAUAAGUCAAAAGCAAAAUCAAAACCAGCUGCAUCAAAGAAGCAAAAUACAUGGACCAACAGCAAAAAAAAAAAAAUUACAAAUACAGCAUUGCAUAAUUUAAGGUAUCAUUUGGGAGCUCACAAAUGCAUUGAGUGUUACUCUGAAAUAAAAGAUUUUGCAAGCCAUUUUCCUGCCUAUGUCCAUUGUAGCUUAUGCAGGUACAACACUAGCUGUAGCAAAGCCUAUGUGAAUCACAUGAUGAGUUUUCACAGUGCUCGUCCAAGUAAAAGAUUUUGGAUCUAUAAGAGGCACUCAGAAGAGUUACGAGGUUUGACUGUAGUGUGUCUUAACUGUGACUUCCUUACUGAUGUUUCUGGCUUAGAUAGCAUGGCCACACAUCUGAGUGAAAGCCACUCUCACACUUGUCAAGUUAUUCUAGAGAAAGUUCCUGUAGAUAUCCCAACUGCUGAGCAAGUAUCUGACAAACAGGAGCAUAACUCUUCAGAUGGAACAGAAGAAUGCCAUAGAAGUAAAACUACAGAAUUUGCAUCAGUUGAAAAGAAUGAAGAAAACUCAUCACUGUCAACUACAGAAAACGUUCCUAGUUCGGAACUUCCUGACAGCAGCUCAAAGAAUUCUUUGCAUGAGAAAGGAGCAUUUUGUGAUUCAGAUGAUAACAAACAAUUAGUAGAGGAGAAACAAAAAUGUAUUCGUGAUGAAAGUGUGUUGCAAACUUGCCAAAGUUCAGAUGUUAUCUUAAAUGAGCAGACUAAAGUACAUAGCUUGGAUGAAAAUUCACUUUCAGCCAAGAAAGCAAGGGAUUUAAAACUUACGUUGGGUGAAGAUGUUAGUUUUGAGCAGUUCUUGAGAAAACGAGAUGAGCCUGAAUCCAUUAGUUCAGACAUGAGUGAACAAGGUAGUAUUCAUUUGGAGCCUUUAACUCCAUCAGAGGUACUAGAGCAUGAAGCUACUGAAAUUCUUCAAAAAGGUAAUGUUGAACCUUCUUCAAAAAAAGCUGGACAAGUCUCUGAACAAACAGAUGAGCCUUCUGAAGAAAGCAGCCCCGACAGAAUGGAAGCAACUGUAAACAAGACAGAUGAAAGUGAAGCAAGCUGAAAUUUUGUUAACUUUAUUGCUUGUUACAAAUGAUGGUAGGAACACCGUAGACCAUUCCUAAUAAGUGUGCUCAUUGAUAUUAGUUAUUUACAAAAAAGUGGAGGGAAAGGAGGAGGGCAAGGCAGUGAAAGGAAGUUGAGCAUAUGAAGGUAGUUCAUAUGUGUGUCUACAACUGAUUUCAUUAAACUUACAAGUGAACACAUGGAAAUAUAUCAUCCUGCCUCUCAGAUGUGAUAUAUAUCAGAUUGACAUUUGGAAGGAGGAGCAAAUUCUAAUUUUUAUAGCUAACUAGCUGGGGAUAGGGUGAUUUGUUUGCCAAGAAAAUAUUUUUUUAAAUCCUUCAGUGUGAAUAUCAUUAAACAGUGGAAUUUAAUGUGAAUUCACAUCUUUUGCUGAAAGGGAGCACACUUGUAAUGAUGGUUAUUGGUCUGCUGAUAAUUUGAGUAAACAAACUGUUUGACUUGGUGUCACAUUCCUGUCUGUAAAAGCAUGUAAACAGAAUUAUAUGAAUCUCUGCACCUCUGUACAGGUGUAAUCCUGCCAGGCUGUAAGCUUACCUUAAUAAACUUUCAGUGAAAGUGGAAUUAUUACAAUAAAAAUAUAUAUUUGUGGGGUUUUCAGUGUGCAGGCGGUGCAGAAAUAACGAACAUAAUUGUAUGAAGUAGAAGAUACUGCUGAAAGUACUGUAGCUGUUAGGCUUUUACCAUUGUUUUAAUUCUUCUUAGCUGUAGACCCAUAGGAAUGGUCUGUAAGUCACACCAAAGUACAGUUUAAUGUAAAAACUGUUCUAAGCAAACCCCCAAACUGGAAACACCAACUGGCAUGCAUUCUGCCAUUUUGCAGCUGCUACUGGCUAACUUACAAGAAAGACUCAAGGGUAUAUAAAGUAGAUUUGUACAGUUCAAUUUCAGGACUUUUUGUAGACUAAAUUGUGUACAGAAAGGUGGCUGCUGGGUUUUGGGUUUGAGUUGGUUUUUGUUUCUUUUUUUUUUGUCUUCUAGUUAGCUAGAUAUAGGAAUGCAUAGGAUUAAUAAUAGCUUGCUCUUAUGACUUCAUUGCUCCAUCUGAAACAUUCAGAAUGCUUUUGACUUAGGUUUGUUUCUAAUGAAUGUUAAAUAUUUUGAACAGCUGUUCAAGCACCGCUGUAAAUUAUUACUUUUUGAGUAAAUAUUUGCAACAACA